AUGAUACAAGAAGGCGACGCAGCGUCGCUCUCUGAAAGGAUAGUGGCGUUCAAAAGCGAUCCGGAGAGGCUACAGCAAGCGAACGAAUUCGUCGAACAACUGAUAAAGCAAGCAGCGAAGGAAGCUGAACUCAAACAAAAAGAGAAAGACAGUAAGAAAUGUGAAGGUCAAGAUCCUGGUGUAGGUAACCUUAAACGCCGCUUGGGGCGCGCGCGCGGAUUCGUCCUUCGGAUGUUCGACGCGCUGUGCAACUGUACGCAGACGGCCGCGGCCGCAGCGGCGCGCUCGACCGCUCGCAAUAACCCUUUCUCCAAACGC